AAAUAUUAUAAACUCGUUGCCCUAAUUUAUUAGGCUAUCAUUUACUGUCGUCGUCGUUUGAAAACUUGUAGAGUAGUAUGUUAAGUAUUUUAUUCUCACUGUUGAAGAACAUAAUUAGAAGCGAAUGAGUUGAGGAAUGGAGUGAGUAAAACGAAAAACAGGUUGUUUGCACUGCGCAGAAAUGAUUUUGUUAUUUUCUUUUUUUUUCCCUUGCGUCUAGUUGUUUACAAUUUCAGCUCGAGGCCCUUGAGAGUCGGGGGGUUUUCUUCGCCAUUUGAUUAUGCUCAGGAAAUUUAAUUGUUUAAGGUCGUCGGCACCCAGAACUCGUUUAGAACCCCACAGUCAUCACCUAGAGUCAGGUCGAAUGAUUUGGUAUAUAAGGCGACUAGCUGUAGGAUCGGCUUGAUUAUAGUUAACUUUUUGGGUGAAAGACAACAACGAGACAGCGAGACAACGGAACGGAACGAUGCGCGUUUACCACUUGAAUCUAUUAGUGCUAAGUGCCGGCCUUUUGGUCCUACUGGCCAAAUCGGGGACCACGGCCCCCCAGGCGGAUGUGGAUGUACAGCAACUGACUCUGGCGGAUGUAAAUCAGGUAACGGAGCAGCAGGAGCAGCCGGCAGUUCGCCUGGCCAGGCAAUUUGGAUUCGGCGGCGGCCGACGAGGAUUUGGCAGGGAGAGCGGUGGAUUCUGUUGCGGCGGAGGCGGCGGUGGGUUCCGGAGACCUGGUUUCGGUGGCGGCGGAUUCGGGGGCUUCUAUCCCCCACCACCACCGCCGCCGCCCUUCUUCGGCGGUCCCUUCUACGGCUAAGUGUUAUUAAUUUAAUGUGCAUAUAUGUGAUACGAUCAGAGCAGGAAUUAGCUGCUAAUAAAUCAACACGAGCUGCUGCUCUAAUUACCCGACCAA